AAAGGCGUCGACUCCAUCUCUCUCGGCGGCUCGCACAACGUGGUGCUGUCCAGAGAUGGCACAAUCGUCACGUGGGGGCUCGCGAGCUCGGGCGAGCUCGGGCAUGUUGGAACGACUCCGAUCGAGGUAAACGUGCCGCGUUUUGUCACAGUGCGUAGCGCUGAAGACAAGAUCACGCAAAUCGCCACUGGGUUCAACCACACGCUCGCCGUCGAUCGCGCGGGUCGUUUGUUUGCAUGCGGCCGUGGACGUUCGGGGCAACUCGGUCUCGGAACUUUUCGCGACGGCGCGCCGUUCGCUCGCAUCGCAGCCUUACGCGGGAUGCGCGUGGUAAGCGCAGUUGCAGGUGGUGCGCAUAGCAUUUGCAUCACUUCCGACGGUAACGUUUGGUCGUGGGGUGAUUGCAGAUACGGACAGCUUGGUUUGGGCGAUCUCACGUUUGCCGCCGCGGCUGGAUGGAACAACGGCGUACCGUGGCCAUGUCUCGUUGAAUCGCUCAACGACAUGGAUGAACCCGUGGCGAGCAUGUCCGCCGGCGGCGCGCAUUCCAUCUUUGUCACCACUGGCGGCCGCAUGUACGUUUGCGGUCGCGGAAAGCACGGCGCGCUGGGUGUCGCCGAUGGUUCUAUUAUGGAAAAUCGCGUGCAGAAGUGCUCGUGUGGUACACGAUGUCGAGUCGCCGUCGCCGCCGCGGGCGCGACGCACUCGUGCGUACUCACUUCGUGCGGCGGCGUCUUUACGACGGGUGAAAACUCGUACGGUCAGCUCGGACACGGCGACAAAACCUCAACCUACGUCUUCACUCGCGUCGAAGCGUUGCGUGGGAAGACAGUCACCACCGUCUCCGCCGGUCACAACCACACCGGAGCCGUCGUGGAGAGCGCGGAAAAGGGCGAAAGUAGCUUGUACUUGUGGGGACGCGGCGACUGGGGACAGCUCGGUAACGGUGACUUGCGUUCAUGCACCAAGCCACAAGAGGUGAAA